UGGAGCCUAAUUGAAAAAAAAAAAAAACUUUUCUUAAAAGAACAACAACACGAAAAAGAAACACUAAAAAAGUCUGACUGUAUUGUAGGUCCCCCUGGUGGGUGUGGUUUGCUCGGGGGGCGGGGCCAGGGCGAUGACUGGCGCUUUUGGGAGUCUGAAGGGUCUCCAGACUCUGGGAAUCAUGGAUGCCAUCAGCUACAUCACUGGGGUCUCAGGGGCCACAUGGGCAAUGUCCACCUUGUAUGAGAAGCCUGAUUGGUCCCAAAAGGACUUGGCCGUGGUCACUGAACCAAUGAAGAAGGAGAUGUUUGGGAGGUACCAGAGCAUUUUCUCCAAUGAACAGCUCUAUUACUACAAACAAGAGAUGGAGCAAAGGGAUGCAGACGGCCUGCAGGUGUCCCUCAUUGACCUGUGGGGUCUGGUCAUUGAACACCUUAUCUAUGGGAAGAAAUGGGACAGUACCCUCUCUGACCAGAAGAGGGCGGUGUCAGAGGGACAGAAUCCUCUGCCCAUCUAUACAGCAGUGAACAUGAAGACCAGCCUAAAAGGCAGCAUCAAAGAGACUGAGUGGUGUGAAUUUACCCCGUAUGAGGUUGGUCUUCUGAAGUACGGUGCAUUUGUGCCCACUGAGGACUUUGGUAGUGAGUACUUCCUGGGUAAACAGAUCAAGAAACUUCCAGAGACUCGAUUGUCCUUCCUGAUUGGUAUCUGGAGUAGUACAUUCUCCCGCAGCUUUACCCAGUUGUGGAGCAGGAUCACACGAUGUACCCCAUCAUGGAACCCCAUUCCUGAAACCAUAACUGACAUAGAGACAGACAACAAGCCGUCCACACUGGACACGCUCCUAAUCAAACCAGCCACUAAGAUGGCAAAGGUGAUCACAGAGUUCUUCAGCAGCCGGCCAAUCAUCAGCCAGAUGUACAACUUCAUGCAUGGCCUCAGUCUCCACUGGGACUACAACAAGAAGAGCAAUUUCACAGACGAGAAAGGUACUUCGGAGGGGUUUCCCUUGGGCAUUUUCAAGGACAUAAAUGGUCGAGCUAUGACAGAAAGUCCUCUCUUUACUUUCUCUCCUUUCAUUUUUUGGUUUCUUUGUUUAGACACACACCCUGAUUCCUUUCCGAACCAGCUGACACCAACGGACCCCAUCCUGAAUCUGGUGGACUCGGGGUUGUCCUGCAACAUGGGGUUCCCCCCUGUGCUGCGACCCCACAGACGUAUGGACCUCAUCCUGUCCCUUAACUACUCCUGGGAUUCAGACCAGUUUAUGGUGUUGAAGAAAACCCAGCAGCACUGCACUGAUCACAGGAUCCCGUUCCCUCACAUCGAUUUUAGCCGUGUGGAGAAAGAGGCCAUGAAGGAGGUGUAUGUGUUUGAGGACGAGAAGAACCCCAAAGCUCCCAUUGUAGUUCACUUCCCUCUGGCCAACCUCACCUUCAGAGAGUUCAAAGCCCCAGGUGUCAGGAGAGAAGGGAAGGAUGAACUGAGGAUGGGAGAGCUGGACGUGAGCAGCAGCGCCUCACCAUACAUCACCACGAACCUGGCCUACCAGCCCGAGGACUUCCAGAAGCUGAUGGACCUCACUUGCUACAACGUCCUGAACAACCGUGACACCUUGCUGUCAGCUCUGCGCAGGGCGCUACAGAGAGAGAGAGUCCAUGAAGAUGAGCACGAACACUCCUGUCCCUGAAUAGAUCCCUCUAAUUUUGUCAAUCAGAUAGGAAUGAUUUAAGGUUACAAAGGAACAUACAUAAUUCCUUUAAGUAGUAGAUACAUGUUAAUUCAACAUUACUUUUUGAAAUAUGCUUUUAUUGAUCAUUUUGAUGGUAUUUUUUCAUGAUCAGAUGUUCAGAUGCUUGGAAGCUUUUACCAAUGCCAGCUGUACUAUAAUUUGCUAGUUUUUGACCUUAACGUCUUAGUGCUGCUUUAAUGGUUAUGUCAAAGAUACAUAGAGAGAAUCCAUGAAGAUGAGAACAAACACAAGGGCCACUCCCUGUCCCUGAACAAAGAGAGGAAAGGAUUGUGAGCCAUAUAAACAUGCCAUGUCACCCAGAAAUUAUUCUUAGCAGCCUGAUAAACGCACUAAAUAAGCUUUAGCACCCUGAUAUCGCACUAAAUUAGCUUUAGCACCCUGAGAAAAGCACUAAAUUAUCCUUAGCAGAGGAAGGUGGAUGAUCUCACUUAUUACAACAUUCUGGACAAAUGUCACAAGCAGAGCACUGUAGAGUCCAUGAAGACGAGGACGAACAUAAUCACAGUCCCUAUCUCCAGCACUAUCAGCACAAAAUUACCACUAUAGAU